AUGAAACUUGCCAUGGAUGAGCUCUCCACUUUGAUCCUGCCUUGGCUUCAGGAGCUAGUGGAGGAUUACAGCCGCGGAAGCCGCAGCACCAAGAUCUUCUGCGUGAAGGAUGUGGCUGGCUGUCGGGUCCGUGACGCCUGCAUCCAUCUUUGCCGCAGUGACUGGGACGUGGAAGCCGCUCUCCAGAGUUUCUAUUCGUCGGUGGAGAGCGGCAAAAAAGUGGAGGCAAAGCCCAAAGCGGCAGCCUCGUGGAGCACACGUGGUGCAAAGUUGAAGAAAAACGAAGUGGACUGCCCUAUUUGUGCAGAGACAUACACAGCAGGCAACGCAUCCGUGAUGACUCACUGCUGCUUCCAAGUCUUUUGCGAGCGGUGUCGACAACGAGUCACUGACGAAGCGGGCCGCCUGAACUGCCCAUUCUGUCGCGGGGCUGAUGGUCUGCCGUGCUUAGACCUGGACUCGGAGGAGGAGCGUCCUGCACCCAGCCGUUUGGAACGGCUCCUCCAGGCGCCACAGUGGCUUGCUGCACGCCUUGGCGCUGGCACACGCAGCGCGGAAAGCCCGCGCACACCACGCACACCCACAACCUUGCGCUCCCUCAGCGACGGUCUGCGGCAGCUGGUGCCGGCUUGCAUGCUUUGCGCGGCCGUGGUCAUUUGCAAUGCGUGCGCUUCAACUUGA